AUGGCUCGAAUCACUUGGGAUGUCAGCAUCUUUAUUCAGCAGUUCCUGAUUGGCUGCAUGGGGAUCGAGAAAAGUCAUGGCGAUGGAGGGAACUGGCACAAAAGAACAAGAUGUGGAAGAUGUGGGGGAAAUAUCUCAGACCCUCCCCCCUCCUCAAAGCCCUCUGCUUUUCCUUUGAAAUGUACAUGGGUGGAUAUUUGGUGUGUAGGCUUUCUACUUUCUCCUGGCAGUAGUGCUCAGGGAAAAAAGCAACAAUACUGCUAAAUGUGCUCAGAAUUUGACAGUUGCUUCAGUCAUUUCUUGGAGUGUGAAGUCAGCUAUCUACCUCUGGCAUCUUUAAAACAGGCAUUCCCAGCCUGAUGACCUCCGGAUUCUUUGAACUGCAUCCUCAGACAAUGGCAAUGGUCAGAGAUGAUGAAACCUGCAGUCCAAAGCAUUUGGAGGGCACCAAGUUAUGAAAGGAUGCCUUGAAGCAAUCUUCAGCAGGAGAAUAAAAAUAACGCUUGAUCAGUUUUGGGUGUUGUUUGGUGCCAUAUCAUAGCAGAGCACAAGUUGCCACCUGACAACAGCUGGGUGUGAAUGCCCACUGGCUAAUCUGUGCCAACUGUCUCCAGGCAGCCCAAGUGUUUACUAACCUUCAUUAAAGGGCUUGGGGGGGGCGGUGCAUGCGAUUAAGACUGGAUUAUUUCACAGUCUGGAUGUGACUGCAUUCCAUUAAAGCAGCAGAAAACAGGCUGUUAAAGUUGUGAUUAAUUCCUCUUAGCGGGUCGUCUAAUCCUCCCGGAUUCCACAUAAUUGAGGUUGUGGGUGAACCAGCUAAAGCUCUGUUUAGGUAAGGAGUUUUGUUUUGUUUUUUCCUAUUUGGUCAGAACAAAGUACUAGAUGGUGAGAUGAAGGAUGGUUGGCUUGAACAACAUUUGUUCAGGUAGCAGAUCACAGCUGAUUAACAUGACCCUAAAAGUGUGUUCAGGUGUUAAUGGUGUGGGAAGAUGAUGAAACAGUCAUGGAACUGCUUUAGUGGAAAACAAGUAUUUAUAUAUUUUUCUCAGAGCCAGUUCAUACUGUAUAAUUAGUCAUUAGGGAUGGGAAAAUCUGUCACUUUCAGUUUCUCUGUUUCCCCUUUUCCACUCUUAAAUUACUAUUUCCACAUUGGUUUCUGUUUCUGUUUCUUUCUUUGUUUUUCUCUUUCUUUCUUUAAGCCCUCCUUAAGAAAAGGAGGUGUGAUGUAGUGGUUAAGAGCGGCAGACUCAUAAUCUGGUGAACCAGGUUUGCAUCUCCACUCCUCCACAUGCAGCUGCUGGGUGACCUUGGGCUAGUCACAUUUCUUUGAAGUCUCUCAGCCCCACUCACCUCACAGAGUGUUGGUUGUGGGGGAGGAAGGGAAAUAUGGGGGAGGAAGGGAAUGUUAGCCGCUUUGAGACUCCUUCAGGUAGUGAUAAAGCGGGAUAUCAAAUCCAAACUCCUCCUCCUCCUCCUCCUCCUCCUCUUCUUCCUCCUCCUCCUUCUCCUGAAAAUCCAGCAGCAUUCUACUACAAACGUAUCUUAAAAUACAGACUUUUGUAUGAAUUUUUGCCUAAUAUAAACAUUUUUGCAAAGCAAUUUCCCCCAAUUAUAUAACUCAUUUUUGCAUCCUAUUCUCACUAUAUGAAACUGAUGCACACUUUACCCCUGAUAAAUACAUUUUUGUAUGUACUGUUUGGCAGAACAACGGCACUGCAAAAUCUGGAGACGUGCAGGUUUCAAAGGAUGGCUAUGUUUUGGUUCAUGCAUUGCUUCAGAAUCACCUUACCCCUUAUAUGCCCACCCAGCUGCUUCAAUCUAUGCAAUAGGCACUGUUAUGGGUGCCACAUAAUACCUGUACCAUGCUGCUUCAUGCUGCUAAGAAAUCAAUAUUUUAGUGCUUACACUUUGGAACUCCCUGUCAAUUGAUAUCAGGCACUAUGCUCUUUUCAAUGCAUGCUUAAAACCUUUUUUAAGGCAAGCCAAUCCAGACAUCUAGAAGUUACAUGAGUUACAUAUUUCUUUUUUACAGUGCUUUUUUAAAAGAAAAAAGGGUGCCGAUACUCGCCAUGAAGUUGCUAAAGUGCCACAUUUUUAACAUUUUUUUUGGGGGGGGGGGAGGUGCCAGUAAUGUGUAUCCUUGAGUACCCCAAGAAAAAAGGACUGCUUCUUAAGCUACUGUUGAUUUUAAUCAUCUUUUGAAUAUUUCUAUUAUAAUAAUAAUAAUAAUAAUAAUAAUAAUAAUAAUAAUAAUAAUAUAGUAGUAGUGGUAGAUCAUUUUAAUGUUUCAUUUUAUAUUUUUGUAAACCAACUAGUAGGGUCUGGUGACUUAUGUUUCUGUGUAUCUGAAGAAGUGUGCAUGCACACAAAAGCUUAUACCAAGAACAAACUUAGUUGGUCUCUAAGGUGCUACUGGACAUUAUAUAUAUAUAUAUAUAUAUAUAUAUAUAUAUAUAUAUAUAUAUAUUUCAUUUUACAGUAUAAUACAUAUUAGUCAUUGGCUACUUCCUACAGUCUUAGUUUCUAAAGCCGUCUGAAGCUUUAUUUAUUUAUUAGUAGCCCUUGAGGGCUGGGGUAUGUUUCUCCUAUGAGCAUUGAUUGUUUGUGAAUAAGUAUUCAGGCGCACUGAGCUAAGCCCCAGUAUGAACCGGGGAAGCAGUUGCCUUUUGCAAUGUGACCCUUUAAAGAGCAACAACAAGCCUGGCUUUUGUUUUGACUAGGAAAGAGAGGGCUUUCCAGGGGCUUUCAUGGACCGGCUUUCAUGGGGAUCUGAUUCUGCUCAAGAAACUGACAGGGUCCUUCUGGGUACUUACCUGCUCCCCCGUGUGCAAUGUGUAAGGAAGAGUUACUACCCAGCCAAAAGAGAGAGAAAAUGUUCCCAGCAGUCUUAUCGCAAGGAAACAUAUCUAGUUGCUGCCUCUAGUAUGUCUUACCUCUCAAGGAAGUAUGUCUUUUAGAAGUGAGAGAAUUGUAUUGAAUUAGCACCUGGCAUAUCCAGACUUAUUUACCUACACACAUGACUUAUUUGAGAAAAGCAAUGACAAACCUAAACAGCAUCUUAAAAAGCAGAGACAUCACCUUGCCAACAAAGGUCCGUAUAGUAAAAGCUAUGGUUUUCCCAGUAGUGAUGUAUGGAAGUGAGAGCUGGACCAUAAAGAAGGCUGAUCGCCGAAGAAUUGAUGCUUUUGAAUUAUGGUGCUGGAGGAGACUCUUGAGAGUACCAUGGACUACAAGAAGAUCAAACCUAUCCAUUCUUAGGAAAAUCAGCCCUGAGUGCUCACUGGAAGGACAGAUCGUGAAGCUGAAGCUCCAAUACUUUGGCCAUCUCAUGAGAAGAGAAGACUCCCUGGAAAAGACCCUGAUGUUGGGAAAGAUUGAGGGCACAAGGAGAAGGGGACGACAGAGGACAAGAUGGUUGGAUAGUGUUCUCAAAGCUACCAGCAUGAGUUUGACCAAACUGCGGGAGGCAGUGGAAGACAAAAGUGCCUGGUGUGCUCUGGUCCAUGGGGUCACGAAGAGUCGGACACGACUAAAUGACUAAACAACAACAAUGACUUAUUUACCUGCAGUAAUGAGUAACCUCACAACUUAAAAAAAAAAAAUUAAAAAACAAAAUCCAUUGGUUUUCAUGCCCCCUAACUAUUCUUUCCACUUCACAAGCAACCUCCCUAACCUUUAUAAAGAGGUGAUGACUCACGGAUGGGCCUCCCAGGAACCUUAGCUGCUAAUGAUCCUUUGAAGUAUUACGUCCCAUUAGAAUAAAGGGAUUUGUAGUUUUAUCUAAAGCAUCAUUCCAGUUUAAGGACAAUGGAGGCAGGCAAGUCAAUGGUAGGUCUCCCAUCUGUUUGUAUACCUGGGAGACCUUCUCAUGGCCAGUUACUCCACCCACUUCAAAAAGUAUGGGAUGUUUGCUUGUAAAGUAGGGCAGAAAAGGCUAGAGACACAGUAAGAAAUGAAACACAUUCACGGGCCAGAGUUAAAAUGUAUACCCUUUUUCAAAUGAGUAGAGUCUGGUUUUGAGUCCACCCCAUGCAACUUCCACCUCCACCCAUUUGGACUUUGUAGAGCAGCAUGAAGUUUUCUGCUUCUGUGUGACUACAAUGAUCAGGCUGAACCCAUAAUAGAAGAGCCUCUUCUGUUCUUAAUAGUUAAUCUGAAUAUGGGGAACAUGCAAAGUUAAGAUGCAUGACAGGGAAAAUGACUGAUAAGCCAUGAUGGAGGUCAAUUUCUAUCAUGGGAUUUGUUAAAUGAGGCUAUCAAAUGUAUUGGGAUAAUAAAUAGAAACACAAAGAGAAAACCAAAGGACAAAAUACACCAUCAUACUUCUAAUUCAAGUUGGAUUUAGAGUUGUGUCUGUAGUUUUAAAAGGCCUUUUUAUUUUUUAAAAGAUGAAAUUGUGCUGUCUCAUAGUCAAUAAUAUGGAUUAAAAGUACAGAAAAGAAAUGGAGUGGGUGGCAUUUCUCCCCCAGUACUGCGGAUCAGAAGAAUUGUCACUGAGAACCAGCCCAUGCUUGGGAUUUUAUACUUUCACAAUGCCAGCUUCGUCUCCUGCAGUGAAUUGGAGAAGGCAGCAUCACAGACGAUUUGUGCAAGAUAACAUAACUAUUCACUUCUUUCUUUUUUUUUAAAUGAUAUUUAUUAACAUUUCAAAAGAAAAAGAUCACAUCAAUAAAAAAAUUAACAAUAAAAAGGAAAAAUACAAAAUACAAGGUACAAAAAAGAAAAAAACAGUUAAAAACAAUUCCAUCUUUUCAUCACUUCUUUUACAUUUACUUGUUUCCCGGACCUCCUCAUACCACCCUCUUUUGUAUUCCAAUUCAGUUUGUUAGUCCAGCAAUUCCUUUCCCUCCUUAUGAAUCCUGAUCUUUAAUCUUAAUAUAUUAUAACAUUAAAUUUUUACCUAUUAAAAACCAAUUUUUCCAUAUUCUUUUAUACCAUUACCGCUAGAAACCGCUUAACUUCAAUCCGUCAUCAUUCUAACAUUCAUUAAUUUUACAAUAUUUCUGUAAGUAGUCUUUAAAUUUCUUCCAAUCUUCUUCCACCGACUCUUCUCCCUGGUCUCAGAUUCUGCCAGUCAUUUCCGCCAAUUCCAUAUAGUCCAUCAUUUUCAUCUGCCAUUCCUCCAGUGUGAGUAGAUCUUGUGUCUUCCAAUGCUUUGCAAUAAGUAUUCUUGCUGCUGUUGUAGCAUACAUAAAGAAAGUUCUGUCCUUCUUUAACACUGAUUGGUCGACUAUGCCCAGGAGAAAGGCCUCUGGUUUCUUCAAGAAGGUAUAUUUAAAUACCUUUUUCAGUUCAUUAUAUAUCAUUUCCCAGAAAGCCUUAAUCCUUGGGCACGUCCACCAAAGGUGAAAAAAUGUACCUUCAGUUUCUUUACAUUUCCAGCAUUUAUUAUCGGGCAAAUGAUAGAUUUUUGCAAGCUUGACUGGGGUCAUGUACCACCUGUAUAUCAUUUUCAUAAUAUUCUCUCUUAGGGCAUUACAUGCCGUAAACUUCAUACCUGUGGUCCACAACUGUUCCUAGUCAGCAAACAUAAUGUUAUGUCCAACAUCUUGUGCCCAUUUAAUCAUAGCAGAUUUCACCGUUUCAUCCUGAGUAUUCCAUUUCAACAGCAAGUUAUACAUCUUUGACAAAAUCUUAGUUUUGGGUUCUAACAGUUCUGUUUCUAAUUUUGAUUUUUCCACCUGGAAGCCAAUUUUCUUGUCCAAAUUGUAUGCCUCCAUUAUCUGAUAAUAAUGAAGCCAGUCUUGCACUUUGUUUUUUAGUUUUUCAAAACUCUGCAAUUUCAAUCUAUCUCCAUCUUGUUCCAAAAUUUCCCAAUAUUUCGGCCAAUUAACCUCCAUAUUGAGCUUUUUCAGAGCUUUCGCUUCCAUCUGUGACAGCCACCUUGGUGUUUUAUUUUCCAAUAAAUCCUUAUAUCUUGUCCAAACAUUAAACAAUGCUUUCCUGACAAUAUGAUUUUUAAAUGCUUUAUGUUCUUUGACCUUAUCAUACCACAGAUAUGCGUGCCAUCCAAAUACAUUGUUAAAACCUUCUAAAUCCAAAAUGUCAGUGUUUUCAAGAAGCAGCCAUUCUUUCAACCAGCAAAAAGCUGCUGAUUCAUAAUAAAGUUUGAGGUCUGGCAGGGCAAAUCCACCUCUUUCCUUUGCAUCUGUUAAUAUUUUAAAUUUUAUUCUGGGCUUCUUGCCCUGCCAGACAAAUCUAGAAAUAUCUCUCUGCCACCUCUUGAAACAGUCCAUUUUGUCCACAAUUUGCAAUGUUUGAAACAAAAACAACAUUCUAGGCAAUACAUUCAUUUUAAUCGCAGCAAUACAGCCCAGCAGUGAAAGCUUCAAAUUUGACCAAAUUUCUAAAUCUUUUUUCACUUCAGCCCAACAUUUUUCAUAGUUAUCUUUAAAUAAAUUCCCAUUUUUUGCUGUCAUAUUAAUCCCCAGGUAUUUAACUUUCUUAACCACUGUUAGACCUGUCUCAUUCUGAAACCUCUCUCUCUUCAUUGGUGUUAAAUUUUUCUCUAAAACCUUAGUUUUUAACUUAUUCAAUUUAAACCCUGCAACUUGACCAAAUUCUUGAAUCAAUUCUAAAACCCUUUUGGUACUAGAUUCUGGCUCCUGUAACGUCAGUACUAAGUCAUCUGCAACAUAACUAUUCACUUCUGGACCCAAAGGAGGCUGCAUAGUCUAUGCCUUUCCCUCCCAGGAAUCAUUACCGGGGUGAACUAAGAACAGCUGGAGACCUUUAAAUAAGAUAGAUAGAUAGAUAGAUAGAUAGAUCUAUCUAUCUAUCUUUAAAUAAAUUGCUCCUGAAAUUCCCGAUGCAAAAAAAAAAAAGCCCAGAAAAAAAAAUAUUGUUGUAAGAGCUAAGUCAUAGACAGCUGUUGAGAGGGAGCCAUGAGACAGUAGUUCUGCUGGGAGUGAUGAAGAGGCAUCAGGUCCAGUGUACCCCCAAGCUGUUCUGCUGCUGGAAGUAAAAACAGGUGUGCCAGAGAUGGUGUAGGGUGGCAACCAGCUUGAGAGCCAGUGUAGUGCAGUGGUUAAGAGUGGUGGACUCGUAAUCUGGUGAACCGGGUUCGCUUCCCCGCUCCUCCACACGCAGCUGCUGGGUGACCUUGGGCCAGUCACACUUCUCUGAAGUCUCUCAGCCUCACUCACCUCACAGAGUGUUUGUUGUGGGGGAGGAAGGGAAAGGAGAAUGUUAGCCGCUUUGAGACUCCUUCGGGAAGUGAUAAAGUGGGGUAUCAAAUCCAAACUCUUCUUCUUCUUGAGAGUAUUCUCAGCCUCUUCCUGCAGUGUCAUAAAAGGACAUUGGUCAGAGAGGGAGGGUGGCAUUGCAGCAACAAGACUGAAGGUAAGACUGGAAGCAAGGCAGAGUGGAGCAGGAACUCACGAUGAACUGCUUUUAUAGUAGACUAUGUACUAUAGGUAGGAGGGUACUUCUUUCUUCCUCAGUAUUAAGGUGUUGCAGAGAUUAAUGGAGGAAAGGAGGGCAGUGUCCUCAGAAUCACUGAAGCAAACAGAGUCCAAUAAGCUGGUAAUUAGGAGGGUGGUGCCCACUGAUUUAAUAUGGCUGGGAGAAAUAUAACUUGCAAUGCGGGUAUUCUGGGGGGAAGUGGUAAGGCAAAGGCAAAAUUUCUCAGACCCAUGCCUAGAAAGCACGGGGCAAGUGGAAAACUGCUUGAAGCUGUGUUUUCUAGGUAAGGGACAGGCAGAAGUGUGGAUGACCCCUAGGAGAGAGGGGUCCAGUGAUGAAAAGGGCUACUGAAGUAAGCUAGCUGAGGGCUCUUAGGAUCCUCUGUAAAGUCCACCUCAACUGAACUGAAGUAGUGAAGAUGUGCCACUGGGGGUUAGAACCAGGAAACCAUCCAUAACUCAGAACCUGGAAAGCAAGGGGAGCCAGUGAGGCACUCUCCAGAAGUUUUUGAAUUACAACUUCCAUCAUCCUUGAGCAUUGGCCAUUUAGGCUGGGGCUGACGGAAGUUCAAAUCCAACAUUGGGGGGGGGGCACCUCACAGGCUGCCUUUGCAUUUAAGCUCAGUCAAAAUCCCAGACUCUACAGAAUGCCCUUAUACCCCUUCCUGUUGAGAAGAGUCACUUAGGGGGAUUGCCUUAUUGCCCUGCUUGUGGGAUUUCCUUAGAAACAAUGCAGGAGGCAGGAUGUUGGUUUAGAUGGCUCCUGGGUCGCAUUCAGCAAGGCUGUUCUUAAUACAUCCCAUACAGCUCAGUCCUAAAAAGUGUUGGCCAUUUCCCUAGACUCACCUCUUCAACACUGAAGUCAUAAAAAAGAAGGGGACAUCUUUUCCACAGUCUGGAAUCACAACAGUCACUAUUUAGCUAAGGGUUAUACCCAAUAAAAUUAUGUACUAUGGGAAUCUUAUGCUAUGGGACUUCACCUCCCUUUCCUCCUGCAAGGCCACCAUCACCCCCUGAUUCUCCUCUGGAGUUUCCUCCUGAUUCUCCUCUGGAGCAGAUUCUGCUCAUAUAAUAACUUCACUGGAUUUGACUCUAGGUAUGGAUAGGGAUUUGGGGGCAGAUAAUGCAGUUGAGAGUUGGCACAUUUAAUUCUAGAAAUGAUCCCUUCAUUGUUCUUUCAAGAAUGGAGACCAAACUAUGUUUUUUUCUUGACUUGGUUGAUCAUGGAAUUGUUCCAAGACAUGCAGCUCCAAAGGAAUUGCAAAGUGCACACACAGAGCACAGUUACUAUGAGAAAUAUCACAAAGCUAAUUCUCAAUGAGAUUCAUUGACGGGCUGAGGUCAAAGAAGAAGCCGCAGACAAUCACCAAGUCAAUUGCACUGGGAUUUGGUAAUGCUAAUGAAGCGAAAAGAGACAUUAGGAUAAUGCUGACAAGCUUAUUGAAACCUGAGGAUAUUUGAACUUAGGAACUGGGAGUAGAAAAAUUCAUCGUUGAGCAAAAAAAUGCAGAGGAACUUUGAAGAUGUAAACUGACAGGUCAAUCAAAUCUUUCUUUGCUGUUAUGAAAAUGAAACUGCUUCCUGUUUUCACAUCCACCCCACCACCCAAGCAAUAGAUUCCUCCAGAGAAUAUUCAAACUAGCACACAUACACACACACACACACACACACACACAUGCCCCGACACCAUUUGGAACAAGGCAGAAUCAACUCCUCACAAACCACUAUCACCACCAGAUGAGCCUGUAAAACCAGAUUGCAACAGUCCACAAGCAGAGAGUAAGCAGCCGAUGAUGGCUCAAGUGACAGAAGGCAGGUGAAGGCAGAUGCUUCCAGGCCACAAUCUCACCCAACGGUGGAGUGUCUUUUACAGUCUGUUGGCCACAUUCCCUUCUGAGAGCCAUGUGCCAGUUGUGAGUGGAGCCAGAGGCAAAAGGGGGCAGAGCAAUGAAUGUAAACUUUACAGCAGGCUAGUUUAUACACACACUCACCUCUCUAUCUUCCAUCCGGACAAGCAAGAGGCAUUGUCAGAGUUCAAGGAUGCAUUCCACCCAAGCAAAAGCACUCAAGGUGAGUGUGGAACAGGGCCAGUGAGGGGUAUGGCCCAGGGACAGGAGAGGUGGUCUCGAGGCAUUUUGCCUUCUGAGCCUGAGCUUCCCCACCCCUGAUCUAACCCAAUAUAGAAUCAAAUUUCCAGCAGCAAGUAUUGUAACCAGCAGGUUCUAAAGCCCUAUUCAUUCAAUAAUUCUGUGGAGCAGGAAACAGGGCCUGUGUCCACUGAACCCAUUCCCCUCCAUUGUAAAAAAAAAAAACCGUCCGCUCUCCUCCAUGGAUGGAGGAAAUUUCUGUGAUGAGAGUGUAUUCUGUAAGCAUGAAAGCAACCUCCCCAAUGAUAAAUGACUUAGGCCCCAAGUAUCUAAAAUGCCACCUCUUGGGGGUUAAGAUUGGCAAAGGGGGCCCUCAUAAGUUCAGGAUGAGAUAUAUGAUUUCUAACAUGAUUGAGAAUCGUAGAGCCAGGGACAGAGAACUUUAAAGCGUUAAAAUCAGGAUGUGGAAAAUAUGGAAACAACGUGGAGAGGCAGGACUGAGAUUUGGAGAUAUGUUUCAGAGGUCCAGACUAUGGGGAGACCCGAAAAAUCAAUAAUUACAUUUUGGAUUAUAAUUUGGUCUUUUUUAUUUUAGUUUUUUGUUUUAAUUGGAUCAUGAUCAAACAUGUUAAUUGGAUGUUUUUUAUUGGAAAAUUAAUAAAAAUGAUUUUUUUAAAAAAAGAAGAAGUUCAGGAUGAGGACAUUCCCUAAGUCAGCCCCAAGCUGUGGAACGCCUUUCUUACAGAUGUGCACCUGACACCUUUGUUGUCUACUUUUCAUUGUUUGCUGAAAAUGCACCCCUUCAUCCUGGUCUUUGACAUCAGAAAGACAGAGAGAGAGAGGACUACCCUGUUCGUCUGAUUGUAAAUCAUUUUAACUGAUUUUAAUAUUUAAUAUUCUGUUGUAGAUGCUUUUAGCUUAUUUUAAUAUUGUAUUAUUAUAUUGUCAUAACUCAUAACCCAGUCUGGGACCUUACAGUCAAGGGCAGGUAAGAAAUCUUGUAAAUAAUAAUCAAUGAUAUACGGCUCUGAGCCCUAAAAAUAACUCUUCUGGAUUCUUCUCUCCUUUUUUCACCUCUCUUUUUUCUCCUCAGCUGGCUUCAAAACUGGAAAUAA